AUUGGACUGCCUAGAUUUGCGUUCCGUGGAAUUCAACUCUCGCCUUCUUGGACCGUGGAUCACUGUGCCUGUCGUCUGUCAAUUACUACGCAUUGUCUACUUUUGCACAAUGGGGAAAUGGGCAAGCGUUAGAAGCGCACAGGCUCUGAUUGCCGUCAGCCUGCCAACUUUUGCCCAAGAUUUGCGUCGUCAGUUCGGUAUUCCUCAACCGCCACAACCACCUCCCCCUCCAAUUCCUUCUUCUUCUGCUACCGGCCCUUCUGUUAGCCAACAGUUCGACCCUCCGCCAUUUUCAUUGCAUCUACCUCAACCUCAUUGGUGUCUCAAUUGGUUGUUGUACCAGGCCAGUGGUCUGAGCCAUUCAGCCGGUCUCUUAGGCCUUCGCCGUCUUGCUGGCUUCAUCCUUGAGGCCUCUGUCAACGUCCCACAAUCUGUGGCAGCCGGUCCAACUUCGACAAACGGGGUUGAACUCUGGACGGCCUGUGGUGUAGCGAACCUCCUUUUCCUGGGACCGUCUGUGGAGGAUAGUGUGAAGGCCUGGCUUAGUGAUUACUUGCGGGAGUAUGCUGCACUGUCACCUGCAUCAUCUCCGAAGUUCGGUCUCGUCGCUCUUCUAUCUAGCCUUGCACGCAUCAGUGUUGGCCGGACUUGCCGUCCCGCCGGGAGCACUGCGGCAGGUCCUUUCCAGGAUCCAAAACAGGUUCCCCAACCGGGUCCUUUCAUAGCGGGCCCACCUAUGGGCGGAUCAGCCAUGCGG